AUACACCUUUAGUUAAAAUCAUUUCUUCCAAUUCAUGGCCCGAAGAAGGACAAUCUAUAAUUUUGACUUGUGAAUCCAAAGGAAAACCAAUGCCAGAACCAGUACUGUGGACAAAGGAUGGUGGAGAGCUGCCAGAUCCAGAAAGGAUGGUUGUCAAUGGCAGGGUCCUAAGCAUCAGUUUCCUAAACAAAACAGACAAUGGCACAUACCGAUGUGAAGCAAAAAAUCCUAUUGGCCGAAACAGCACAGAAUAUGUUCUGAUAGUACAUGAUGUUUUCAACACUUUGCUUCCCACUACUGUCAUCCCCUCCCUUACCACUGCAACAGUCACAACCACUGUAGCCUUAACAACCACAUCGGCAACAGCCAUCAGCACCAGAGAUCCAAAUGCUUUGGCUGGACAGACCGGACCUGACCAUGCUCUUAUAGGAGGGAUAGUGGCUGUAGUUGUCUUUGUAACGCUAUGUUCUAUAAUUCUCCUUGGUCGAUACCUGGCAAGACAUAAAGGAACAUACUUAACAAAUGAAGCGAAGGGAGCUGAAGAUGCGCCUGAUGCCGACACAGCCAUUAUCAAUGCAGAAGGCAGCCAAGUCAAUGCAGAGGAGAAAAAAGAGUAUUUCAUUUAGAUGCAGAGCUAGAAUCUUCGAGUUUUACUUAUCAGGCUGACUGCUGGAGAAAACUGGCUAUCAUUUCUCAGAAUUCAUUUCUGCCAUCUUCUGCUAUCUUUAUUAACUCACCUGUUAUAAGUAGCCAGUUUAUGCCAACAAUCAGCUGUUGACAUCGUCAUUCUAUAAUUACAGUAUCAUGCAUAAAGCAGGACAUUUCUUAUUGCCUAAAAUUCAUAUCCACUGCUCUCUUAACAUACAGUGCUUGAAUAUACAGCCUUAACAAUGUUAUCAUCUUAAUCCAAGUUUUCUACAUUUUUAAAUGUUAUGCAGCUUUUUCUUUUCCAGUUUUCUUUUAUCAUGCCUGUAGGAGCGUGUCAUAGAACAAUAUUCAUAACAAAUACUAUUAGGUAAGGACCUAAUUUACUUACAUAAAAUGUUAAGUCUAAGAUUAGAGGUUUACAAAGAAUGUUUUCUACAUAUCUAUCUAUAAUUCAAAAAGCUAUUUGUUUUUGAAACCUAUGCCCUAGGAAACAAUCUGAAAUUUUUUUAGUGUAGUUUCCUAUAUGCUUGGAUUUGGUGGAAAAAAUCUGUAAAUCCACUGAUUUUUUUGGCUUGUUUUACUUUCUUUUGUUAUGUUUUAAAUGGUACCUUGACAACAGUGCCAUGUUUCAGUGGUAAAAACAUGCUGAACAGCUAUACAGAUUCUGCAAAGUUAGGUAAUAGUGCUUCGUUUGAAACAAAUUUGUCCUGCCCCUUCACUGCUUUUUGGGAUUGCAAAUAUAAGAGAACUUUCUGACUAAUUUCUGGUUUUAUAAUUUAUUUGCUUCACAUGAACUCACCUGCCUACUCAAAUUUGAAGUGUUCAUGGGGCACAACUGCAAGGCAUUUUAGUAUCUGUAUAUAGUGCAUAUAAUAAAUUCAGUUAAACUUUAUUUGAUAUAUAUUUAACUUUUUUGGCAGUAGCUAAGUCAGUCACAAGCAAGCAUUUUCUAAUGUCCAUUAAAUCCCUUUAGAUAUGACUCAGAUCAAUAUUCUGAGUAGAUAACAUGUAUUAGUAUUUUUUGUCUGUAUGUCCUAGCACUGUUCAGCAGCAAACUUUUCUAGUUCUUGUUAUUUUUUUCUUUGUUAUACAAUGGAAGCACAAUGUUAUAUGGAAAGGUAGUUUUAAGCUAACAACCAGUGCACAGCCUCAGGUUUUAAAUUACAACCACAUUUGAUUACUAUCCUUAAAAAAUACUAUUGAGUUGCUAAAUUUCUCAGUUUUUAAUUUGGCAGUUCCAGAGCUGCUUCUCUAUGUUGGUUUGCCAAAAAAA